CCUGUGUAAAAACUACCGCGUUCGCCGCCGCCGCCUCUUCCGUCCUCGGCCUUUUUCUAGGGUUUCCUCCCGCCCCACUCCGCGACAGCCGGCGGCGUCGUCUCGCGGCGGCGCCGGCGAAACCCUCUCGCCCGUCUCCUCCUCGGACGCGCCUCGCAGGCCCCUCCCCGCUCGAGCAAGAAAUGGCAGGGCAAGCAGGGAACCCAGUAAACCACCCUAUAAGUCCUCACGUGAUAGGUGGUGCUUUUGUCCAGCAAUAUUAUAAAAUUCUACAUGAGCAACCAGAUCAAGUGCACAAGUUUUACCAAGAUUCAAGUAUUCUUGGUCGACCAGAUUCCAAUGGAACUAUGGUGUAUGUAAGCACUAUGAGUGACAUUAAUGAAAAAAUUAUGGCUAUGGAUGUCAGGAACUGCUUAACAGAGAUAGAGACUGCAGAUGCACAGUUAUCUCACAAGGAUGGGGUGCUCAUUGUUGUGACUGGAUCCUUGACUUCAGAAGAAGGCGUUUUUCGUAGGUUUACACAGUCGUUCUUCCUAGCACCACAAGAAAGUGGUGGCUAUUUUGUUCUCACUGAUAUAUUUAGGUUUAUUUUGGAAAGGAAACCAGCUGAGAUAGUUCAAGUUGCUACCCAAGAAAAUGAAAUCAGCCAGAAUGGUAGACCUGCAUCUGAAACAUGCUCAGCAUUACCAGAACCUAUUCCAGCUGACAGGAAUGUGAUCUCAGACCAUGUGACAGCUGAGAGUAACGUCACAGAGAGGCAAGUUAGUGAUCCCUCUGCUAAUGGGACUGCCAUUGAAAAUAAUGUUAAAACCCAGCCACCUGUGCAAGUGCCCAAAGAGGACCCCAAAAAGGCCCUAGUUGCUGCUCCUGCCCCUCCAACUCAGACAGAUGUUACUAAGAAAUCUUAUGCAUCCAUUGUCAAGGUCAUGAAGGAGGGCCCACUGACUCCUCCAGUUGCCAAAACAACGUCAUCAGUUCCCAAACAGAAGCCAGCUCCUAAACCAGUGUCCAAGGCUGUCGAAGGUCCGGAAAAACCAUCCGUGAAACCUACCCAGGCUAUUGAAACUGGUGAUGGGAUUGUUGCUGAAAACAAUUCUUCUCGCAAUGAGCAAGGCUAUUCAAUUUUCGUCAAGAAUUUGCCUUACCAUGCCAAUAUUGAAAUGGUUGAGGAGGAAUUUAAGAAAUUUGGUACUAUAAAGCCAGGUGGUGUCCAAGUCCGGCACAAUAAGGUCGAUCGUUAUGUUUUUGGUUUUGUGGAGUACGAGUCCCAGCAGUCUAUGCAAGCAGCAAUUGAGGCAUCUCCGGUUCAUAUGGAGGACAAAGAAGUCGGCAUUGAGGCUAAGAGAGCCAAUUCACGAGGUGGCCGUUUCCAAUCUGGCAGGGGAGCAUACCAUGGUGAUAACUUCAGAGGGCGAGGAAGUGGCUAUGUGGACAAUGCCAGCUACAGAAGCAGCGACAACUUCAACCGCCGGAAUGAAGGGGAGAUGUACAACCGCAGGAAUGAAGGGGAGUUCUACAACCGCAGGAAUGAUGGUGGCGAGAACUAUAUCCGCAGGAACGAUGGUGGUGAGAACUACAACCGGCGGAAUGACGGUGGUGAGAACUACAUCCGCAGAAACGAUGGCGGUGAGAACUACAACCGCAGAAACGAUGGUGGUGGCGAGAACUACAACCGCAGGAACGACGGCGGUGGUGAGAACUACAACCGCAGGAGCGACGGCGGCGGCGAGAACUACAACCGCAGGAAUGAUGGCGGCGGCGAGAACUUCAACCGCAGGAACGACGGUGGCGGCGAGAACUUCAACCGCAGGAAUGAUGGUGGCGAGAACUUCAACCGCAGGAAUGACGGUGGCGAGAACUUCAACCGCAGGAACAACUUCAGAAAUCAGAAUGAGUUUCCUGGACGUGGACGGGGGCCACCUCCACCAGGGAACAGUUACCAUCAGAACGGGAAUGGUGUCCACCCAUCUCGACCCUACCCGAAUGGGAAUGGGAGGUUCAGUCGCGUGAACAAUGGCCCUAAGCAAGCUCCUGUUGCUGCGUAGAGGCAUCAGGCGGGGUAGACUUACAUCAAAGUAGGAAGCGUAAGGCUACAUUCAAAUGAGCGGAGUGCAGGGAUUAUUUGUAGUAGGAGCAUUGCUGAUCAGACAGCUUGAUUAUUUUUUUUUGUACCGUGUUGGUGUUGGUCUCGCUAUGAGAUUGGUAGUUGCAGUCGUCCAUUGGUGGUAGGUGAAUUUUGUUGCCGUUGAUGAGCUUGUCAACUGGCUGUUGGGACUGUGGUCCGUAACUUGUGUCAUCUGCCAGGAGGCUAGACACUAAUCUUAUGAAUCGGCGACUGAAAAAAAUAUUUGUCCAUGUUUAAUGCUGCUGUCAUGGUAUUCGAUAAUGCGAAGUAUGUCCA